GACAAGUUGCAGUGCGGUGCGUGUGGUAUGUUUUGAAUGCGACAUGAGCCUCCACAGCCGCCAUGCACAGAUACGUCCAACCACGCGUAGGGCUGAUGCAGAUGAUGAUCGAUGACGAGCACAGGGACGGCGGUCCAGCCACGAUGCGCAUUCGAGAACAUCUCCUUUGUUUGCUGCUGCCCGUCUAGCAUACGCAUACCCCACUGAUGCUGCUGAGAAGGCGUCUCUGGCUGCCGAGUUGCACAUUCCUCAUUCGGACUGCUCCCAAGCUCGACUUGCCCUCGCGACACAGCCCCAUUCUCCCACUGGCCCUAGGGACCGGUUGUGCGCGGCAGAUGAUCUCCUCCAAGCGGAAAGCGCCUCCAAACCAAAGCAGCACACCCGCUAAGAAGCGUCCAAAGCCCGACAUCCCAGAAUAUCACACGACUCCUAGUGUCAAGGAGGACGACGGAAGCAUUCAAUGGCCCGCCCCGCGUUCACAAAUCGACAAGGCCCGCAGCAUCAUCUUAGAAUCUGCCGAAGCGAAGAGCAACAUCGUGCUCGUGCCGGAUAAGGACGCUGAUGGCUUAUCCGCUGGAGCAAUACUGCAGCACACCUUGUUACUAUUGGGAGUGUCGCCAGAGAGAAUCAAAACUCAUUUGUUGACCAAAGGAAAUACAGUGCACAGUGAUGUUGAAAGGCAGCGCCUCGCCUCCUUCAAUCCUGAAUAUGUCUUUGUCAUAGAUCAAGGCUCUCGACCUGGGCCUCCAAUUGUGGAUUCUCCUCACACGGGCCUAGUGAUUGACCACCAUUUCGCUACUCCCUCCGACUUUCCAGAAGGCUCUAACUACGUGACCGCGUGUCACUCCCCGCCAGUUGCUACAUCUGCGCUGUUAACGUACCACAUCUGCGAAACGCUACAUCCUGAAGUCGCUUCGAAAUGUGACUGGCUUUGCGUAGUAGGCACGCAUGGCGAUCUGGGAACCACAUUGAAGUGGUCGCACCCCUUUCCAGACAUGAACAGUGCCUUCAAGAAAUAUAAAAAGAAGGUGCUGAACGACGUGGUGAGCUUGGUAAACGCCCCACGAAGGACAGCAACGUAUGAUGUCAGAUCAGCUUGGGAAGCGCUCAGUGGGACUGAUGAUCCUGCCAGCGUUCUGAAGAACCCCCGCCUCCUCGAUGCUCGAGCUGAAGUCAAUGCCGAAGUAGAGCGCUGCACCCAUGCUGCACCCAAAUUCUCGUCUGAUGGCAAGGUUGCCGUUUUUCGAAUCAAGAGCGAAGCACAGGUCCAUCCAGUUAUCGCCACUCGAUGGGCAGGUCAUCUCCAAUCAAACAAGCUUGAAAUUGUGAUGGUUGCGAACGAAGGAUAUCUGGAAGGCAAAGUGAAUUUCAGCUGCCGCAUAGCUCGAUGUGCACGAGGCAGAGAGAGCCCAGUGAACAUCAUCGAAAUUCUGAAGGCGUAUGCCAAUCUGCCAGAGAUUGUUCCUGUAGAAGGGGGUGCUACCACGGAAGAGCCGCCUUCGGCGGUAACGACGAAUCCAACUUUGUUGGAAAGAAUGGGGGAGAACUUUGCGCGUGGGCACGUGCAGGCCAGUGGUGGUAUCGUCGCAACUGAGGACUUUGAAGAGCUGAUGAGACGCAUGGAGGUCGGCGUGAAAAAGGCCAAUGACAGCAGUCCGAGCAAAAACAAGACGAAGGAAAGUCCUGCGAAGCAAAAGAACACGCUGUUGACGUAUUUCAAGAAGGGCUAAUGAUGAAGGGGAAACUGCCGACAAAGGUUCAAUAAGUGCUGAAGGCCAAGUGCAGAGAAUGGGCUGUUCUUCCUCAUUUGUGCAAUAUUCGGGGCCUGCGUGCAGCUGCGAGAUCAGCUAGUAAUUGCACCAAGAUCGGCUCGCAAUACGCCUUCAAAGCCUCACGUGUACGACAACAGACAG